CCCAAGUCCCGCUCACAGUUUCGCUGUCGUCAUUGGUGAUCGCUUGGCUCCGAUGCCAUGUUCAUACGACCUCGUUAUCUAUCGCACCUUCGGACGGCGUGGACGGAAUGCCGGGUCAAGCCUACGUCUUUAGUCCGCCAUGUAGACGUGACUGCAGAUCUUCAGUUCCUCCACAAAGCAAGCACUGGUGGCUGACUAGAAUGUCUUGGGCAAGUAUAUGCUCGCGAUGCAGGCACCAGGCCAUGUUUAUCCCGCGAUGCGAUCCGUAAUCAGUUAGAACCACCGUGGAGCUGUGAAGCUUUAAGAGAGCCUCUCUGCGAGAAGGCCAGAGGGGAUCAAAAAGUAUCGCGCUUUGGUUGCUGUCUUCCAACCUUGCCUCCAUCCUUUCUUGGUCAACUGCCUAUAGCCAUCAUGAAGUUUGGCUCUUCGAUUGCUGCGUUGUCGGCGGCGGCAGCCUCAUUUGCGAAUGCCUCUCCAGCCACAGAGCGGAGAACGCCUCCUCUCGAAAGGAAGGAUCUCUUUGGCAACACAGAAUUUGUCAAGCGAUGGGACAACGAAAAGAUCUCACCCAAGGUGAUGAUCAUAUCGAUGUUUGAUCCAGAAGCCGCCGUGUACGUAACAUUACGCAGUACACCGAAGGACAUCUAGUGGCAUAGCUUCCAACCGUCGCCAGUGACCAUUGGCACGAGACGACAGGAAGAAUGCUCGCGUGACCGCACCGGCCAGCGUCUUGAUCACUCUACGGCGGAUGAGUCUUGGACUAAUUCUUGUAUUCUAGAUGGUACGGAAUUCCAGAAUUCGAUGUUCUUGCUCAGAACAUCACGUUGCCUGGUUUGUCGCCACUGUUUCCGCAAGUUCAUUGCACGGCCGACGGAGAAAUCUGUCAGUUCACCACAGGCGAAAGCGAAAUCAAUGCCGCUUCGACGGUGAUGUCGGUCGUGCUGUCACCAAAGUUCAACUUGACAAACACGUACUUCAUGGUCGCCGGCAUUGCCGGCAUCAAUCCGGAAGUUGCUACCAUCUGCUCUGUUACGUUCGCCAAGUACGCUGUCCAGGUGGCUCUGCAGUACGAAAUCGAUAUCCGAGAGCUCCCAGCUAACUACACGACUGGCUAUGUACCCUUCGGCGUGGACAAGCCCGACGAGUACCCAACGUCCAUAUAUGGAACAGAGGUGUUUGAACUGAACGAGGCUCUGCAAGACUAUGCGUACCAGGUCGCUAGCAAGGUGGCUCUGAACGACAGCGACGAGGCCAUUGCAUAUCGUGCGAACUACGCUUCGGCGGACAUUUAUGCCGCUGGAGCCGCUCCGCCUGGCGUGUACAAGUGCGAUGUCGCGACCAGCGACGUCUACUACAGCGGCAGGCUGCUUGGUGAGGCGUUUGGAAACACGACCAAGCUGUUCACCAAUGGAUCUGGCGUGUACUGCAGCACGGCCCAGGAGGACAAUGCGACGCUUGAAGUUCUCGUUCGCACAGCGGCAGCCGGGCUGGUGGAUUUUGCGCGCGUUCUUGUGAUGCGCACGGCUUCUGACUUUGACCGUGAGUACCCGGGCGAGUCAGCGGCAUUUAACCUGUUCUACUCGACACAAGGCUCGUUCCUACCAGCUAUCAAGAACUUGUACCUCGCAGGUCUACCCAUUGUCCAAGGCAUCAUCAGUGAGUGGGACUCUGUCUUCAAGGCUGGAUUACCUGCGCCAAACUACAUUGGCGACAUUUUUGGCACACUUGGUGGCAAGCCUGAUUUUGGACCCGCCGACUUCGACGUUACUCCAUCGAAGAAGCGCGAGGUGGAGCAGCCAAAGAGCAGGCUGGAGAUGCUGAGACGUCGGGGACCUAAAGCCGGACCAGCCGUCACCGCAUAGCUUGCCGUGAAGACUCAAACAUGUAUAUGAGGAAAAAACAAGACGACAUGAAAAUGUACAUAAUGAUCCGAAGAUAUAAUGAAGUGAAAAUUAAGGAAUCCCAUGAUCGGUCUGAGAACCGAGAAACUCAAAUCAA